AUGGACUUCUUGAUCUUCAUUUUCGGUAUCCUAGGAAACAUUGUCUCGUUCUUCGUCUUCUUGGCUCCAGUGCCGACAUUUUACAGAAUCUACAAGAACAAAUCGACCGAGGAAUUCCAAUCGAUACCAUAUUUGGUCGCUCUAUUCAGCUCCAUGCUCUGGCUUUACUACGCAUUCCUCAAAGGACACUCCUUCCUUCUCAUCACCAUUAACUCCUUUGGAUGCGUCAUAGAGAUGGUGUACAUUGCCAUCUACAUUGCUUAUGCGCUGGGAGCUGCUAGGAACUCCACAAUCAAGCUCUUUGCUCUGAUGAACAUGGGAUUGUUCCCUCUCCUAAUUCUCAUCACACACUUCAUUCCAAACGAUGAUGCACGUGCCACGGUGUUCGGAUGGAUCUGCACGACAAUUUCCGUGAGCGUCUUCGCAGCGCCAUUAAGCAUUGUGGCACGAGUUGUGCGAACGAAGAGCGUGGAGUUCAUGCCCUUCUCUCUGUCGUUCUUUCUAACGUUGAGCGCCAUCAUGUGGUUCGGCUACGGUUUCUUCCAAAAGGACUGGUGCAUUAUGAUACCGAAUGUCGUGGGCUUUGUCUUGGGACUGUCUCAAAUGGUCUUGUACGGAUACUACAGAAAUAUCGUGGACACGAAGCCCCCGCAAGACCCCGCCAAAAUCGUCGCUCACCCCUCCUCAGGAGUCUCUGAAGCCCAACCCGUCACCAUUAAAAUCGCACCCACCAUCGACGGCGGUGAAGCCCGAGCGGAUGAGUAA